GCGGUGGCGGCGGCCGCCAUGGAGCGCUACGUGCUGCUGCUGCGCUGGGGGGAGCGCGGCGGCGCGGCGGCGCCCGCAGCAGGUGUGACUGCUGCAAACAUUUCUGAUGUCCUGAAAGAAAACUGUAGUUCAUCUGUAAAUGCAGACGUAAGUGUGUUUCCAGCUUGCUCAGUGGCUGGUGUUCCAGGUGGAAAGAAAUUGUAUUUUGCAAGUCAUGUUAUAUGUGGUUAUUAUCAGUUCUGCAGUCCUGACUGGGAGGAAAUAAAUUUUGACACAAAGAAAAAUGAAGAUUCAUUCCAAACAAACAUUGAUGAGUGUCUGGGAAUUAUGCAGAGUUUUGAGGAAGAGGACAACAACAGCAGAGAGUCACUGUCUAUGACUGAUAUCUUUGAUGAAGCUGCAGAAAGUCUGCAUCAGUUAGCUGAUAAACUGCCUGCUCCAGGCAGAGCAAUGGUUGAUGUAAUACUGCAUGCUGUUGAACAGAAUGUACCCAAGUUAAAAGACUGCUUACCUGCCAUUGGUGCACUGAAACACCUGAGAGAGUGGCACUCUGCACAAAUCACCAUCGCAACAAAUGACUUUAAAGGAUGGCAAAAAAUUGCAGACUAUCUAUCAGCAGACUUUGUUUCUUCAGAUAAUCUCAGGAAUAUUAUUGAUUUAAAAGAACUCUGGAGGGGAAAGAUUCAGAUAUGGGAAAGAAAGUUUAGAUCAGAAGUCAGGUUUCCAGACUUCUGCCUGAAGGGAAUUUCAGCAAAGCCAUUCAGCACUUCACAUUUAAAUUCUUGCUUUGCUCCUAAGAAACAGCCCAGUAAUACUGAUGGUUUAGCAGAGGUUUUUCAUUAUCAUGGUCCUGCGUUAGAAUUUUUGCAGAUGGUGACGCUUUCUGAUCUACCCUCCUAUUUUAUAUCAGAUCUGGAAUUUGAGCUGACCCUGGCAAGAAAGAAUAUCAAGAAGACCUCUAUGCUGCUUCUUGACCAGUUUUCUUCUCUCUCUGGAAAGGUGGGAGCUUUAUUUGCAUUACCAUGUAGUGUAAGCAGUGUACUGAUCCCAUCCCCUGCCCAAUUGAGUACAAAGAAAUGGAAGGAAUAUAUGGCUAAAAAACCUAAGAUGAUUACUGUCCCAGAAGUUGAACUGAAAGGAGAAUCUUGCCGAUAUUAUUUCUUGCUACAAGGCAAUGGCUCUGGAGGAUGUAAAGCAACUUUGAUUCAUUCGGCUAUUCAGAUCAAUGGAAUGGCUGCUCUUGCUGCAGUAAAUGGGAAGCUUAAGACAAAUGCAGGAGAAAUAGAAUCAAACUGUCACAUUGCAGACUUCAUUGAAUCUCUUCCGCAUUUCUGUGGAGAGCAGAUUGUACAGAGAGAAAAGAAAUUGUCACAUAUACAAGUGUUUGCCUUGAAGGAAUAUCUCAAGAGAAAGGAAUUGACCAAGCAGCCUCCAGUUAUUUCUACUGAUGAGCUCAAAAACUUGUUAGUACUUACAAGACAAAGGUUUUUGGAACUGUGCGAUGCUAGUCUUCCUAAGCCUGUUCUACAGAAAGUUGCCAAUAAAACUAGGUCAUACACAGUGACUUCUGAUUUCGAUUUAAUGGAGGUGAAUCCGUUAGAGUGGCCAGAAAGACAUGUUCUUCAAAAUUUGGAAAACUUUGAAAAAAUUAAGCAAAAAAUGAGAGUUUCUAUGUUUCCACAUUCAUCUGAGCAGUUACUGGGACAUAAAGAUGGCCAAAAGGAGUCACUGACAUUGCUUGAUGCUAAAGAGUUGCUGAAAUACUUCACACCAGAAGGGUUACCAGUUGGUGAUCUUCAACCAUUACAAAUUCCCAAACGUGAAAAUGUUUUCCUUCUGACACCAGAGCUUACUCCUCGGAAGCUCAGAGGUUUGCCUUUUGAAAAAGCAGCUGGAUGCCAUUAUCAUGGAGUUGAGUAUUGUCUAGAUAACAGAAAAGCUUUAGAAAGAGAUGUGGGAUAUGCUGAACUUCAAACUCGUCUUAUUCGAUACGAAACUCAGACUACUUGCACCAAAGAGUGCUGUCCUGUACCGGUUGUUCUGAGCCCUCUGCCGUCUCCGGCAGUCCUGUCAGAGCCUGGAAGUGUACCUGAUGGAGAGUCUUUACAAAGCGAAUUCAGAACAGAGGCGUCAAGGCUAAAACGCAGAUCAAAAGACUUGGAUUGCUUUUAUCCCAAGAAGAGGCUAACUAAAUCAGAGAGCACAGACUCUCUCGUAUCUCAAGCAAGCAGUAAAAGUGGAAGUCACUAUUCAGUUGCAGUAACAAGGAAGCGCUCAGAAAGAUCAGUUUCUUUAGCUUCUGUACCAUUGAAACAGUCCUGUCAGCCCCAUAAAGCAACCACAAAGGCUGGCUCAGCGAGUCAAAUAAACACAAGAGAAGCUGAGACUUCAAAGCCAGCUAAGGAAUCAAGAUCUCAGAAACAUACAAGGAUGCUGAAGGAGGUGGUGGCCAAAACUCUUGAAAAACAUGGAGUUGCAGAGGAUCACAAGUGCUUUGCAUCAUGCAGCCAGCGUCUUUUCGAGAUAUCCAAGUUCUACCUAAAGGAUCUGAAAACUUCUAGAGGACUUCUUGAUGAGAUGAAGAAAACGACAAAUAACAAUGCUAAACAGGUGAUUGAGUGGGUUUUGGAGAAGACUGGCAGUUAGAGAUACUGAACGGAUGUUAUUCACAGCUUCCUGGAAGCUUCAGAAACAGAGCACUUCCCAUUAUAUGAAAAAACACUAUACUAGAUCACAGACAGGCAGGCGCGUGCGCAGGCAUACGCACACACAGAAUCUUGAAGGAUUUUGGUUAGAGUAAUUAGGUAGAUUUAACUCUCAAAGUAGCAUGUUUUGAGUCCUCAUACUGAAAGCUUUUAUUUUAACUUAAAACUUGAAAAUAUUUUAUAUGUGUAUUUAUUAUGUUUCAUAGUUAAAAGGAAUGCAGCUUCUCUGAUUUUUGAUAAAUUUUUGUACACUUUUUUAACGAGGAUUUGUUACUGACAUGAGUAAAAAUGGCUGUAUUUAAUUGUAAUGACAGGCUUUUUUAUUAUUAUUUUUAACCAUUUUGCACAAAAAGACCUUUAUUCUAUUUACAAUUGCUUGCUAUUUUAUAAAUAAACUGAAUAAACCUAAUUACAGUGUAGACCUUUUGUAGUGUACAGACAAGAGUUUCUAUUUGUUCUGCAGAUGAAUACAAAUAGAAUUGAAGCCGCAAUUAUCUUUUCAUGUCAUAACACAUGGAUGAAAUAAGCAUGUUUUUGAAACCUGAUGCAACCUCCCAUUCAAGGAAGGAUGACUGUGUGAAGGGGAGUGUAAGCUGAAUCUCUGGCAUAAUUUUGAAUAUUCUCUUUGUAAUAUUCAUUAGAAACAGUUCUUCAGGGGAGGAAUAAUCAAAAUGAUAGUAAUGAUGAUUGUGAGAGCUGUGGAACAGUGGGUAGAUUGUGGUUAAAUGUCUUAGAGUUAAGUAAAUUACUAACUUCAGGGUCAGUUUGCCUAAGACUUGGGGGUGUAUGUGUUUUGUACUGGUACAGUUACUUAAAUUUUGUAUUGUGUUGGAGAGGAGGGGUUCCUUAAAGCAAAUACAUUUUUACAGCUUUAAAGGUAGAUUCCUUAUACCUCAGAUAAACUAAUAGGAUUCAAGUUGAUAGAGUCACAGUGUUACUGGCUUGCUUUAUACUCCUGGAAGGAAAAUGAAGCAAUACUAAUAUAAGCCACACUUUAACCAACAUGAUGAUAAAACUGUACUUGAACUAAACCACAUGUAGAUUAGACUUUCUUGAUACUGUUUAAUCUACCCAUCCUCUAAGGAGUCUUUAUGACUUUGUUCUUUGCCGUAUUCUACUUUUGUGUAAAGACAAGCUCUAAGAAGUGUGGUGUUUGUGGGCUUUAUUUAUGUAUUUAUUUUAAUCCAGCAGGCUCUUGCAUUUGACUCUUAUGUUUGUUUUUUACAUUCAAAAUUAAUUGUUUAAUCAUAAUUGCAUGAAUAUCUUUACAGCCAAAUACCCCCAAAUUUAUGAAUACUUACACUUCCAACAUAGUAAAAUUCUUUGCAUACGAAACAAAAAUCUCCAGAUGAAGAUGUUCAUCUUCCUUAAUGUCCAAUGCUCAAUAAAGAAAGUUUCUACCUCUGA